GGUUGGUGGGGAGCGGUCACGUGGGCGGCCGGCGGCGCCUGCGCGCUGCGCGCUGUUGUUGUGGCGGCGCGGCCCGCGGCUCACCCGGCCGGUCGCGAUGAGCGACAACGAUGACAUCGAGGUGGAGAGUGACGAGGAGCAGCCGAGGUUUCAGUCCGCGGCUGACAAACGGGCUCAUCACAACGCGCUGGAGCGCAAGCGCAGGGACCACAUCAAGGACAGCUUCCACAGCCUGCGGGACUCCGUCCCCUCCCUCCAAGGAGAGAAGCAACAGGCAUCCCGGGCCCAAAUCCUGGACAAAGCCACAGAGUACAUCCAGUACAUGCGCCGGAAAAACCACACGCACCAGCAGGACAUCGAUGACCUCAAGCGGCAGAACGCUCUCCUGGAGCAGCAAGUGCGCGCGCUGGAAAAAGCCCGGUCGAGCGCCCAGCUGCAAGCCAACUACCCUUCGACGGACAACAGCCUCUACACCAACCCCAAGGGCAGCACCAUCUCCGCCUUCGACGGCGGCUCCGACUCCAGCUCCGAUUCGGAGCCUGACGAGCCGCAGAGCAGGAAGAAACUGCGCAUGGAGGCCAGUUAGGCCCCCCCAGGGCCCCACCACCACUGUAAGGACUCUUCUCUCCCUUCUCUCGUAGAGGCUCUCGGACUGCAGCUUCCCAGCCCGCCCCAGCCCUUUCCCUGCUCUAAUCGCACCACUCCCGGGGAGGGGGAAAGCUGGCCAGGCAGGGCGCCACAGCGCCCGCCCGACAGAUUGGGGGGGGAACGCGGGUGGGCCACUAGACGGCCCCUGUCACCCUCCUACAACCAGUGAGCCCCUCUCUCCUCUCUCCCUUCUGAUUUUAUAUGAGCGUUUCUAUUUAUACCCGGGGACCACGGCAGUCCUGAGCUGAAGGGUGAGGCUGUGCAGGAGCCAGGCAGCCCCCCCCCCACCCCAUCCCACUAUGUCCCCCCCAAAAGGCCAGGAGAUGCACCUGCCCCCACCCCCACCCGCGCUAGGGGCUCUCGCUAUUUAUUUUUUUUUGCGUGUGCAAUUCCACCUGCCCCCAGCACCUAUGAGAGCUUGGCGGGGUGGGGGGGUGGGGGCAGUGCCUGCACCCCUUUUUUCACAGGCUCGGGGGGUCCGCGUGUGCAUCCAUCCUGCCCUUCCUCCUUCCCUCCCUCACACCAACCCCAGCCCUUCCCCACCUCCGUGGCAUUUUCUGAACUCUAGUGUCCCGUCCCCACCCCGUAGGUGACCCUGUCCCCCUCCCCAUCCCGUGUCAUCCCCCCCCAUUUUGAUGCCAUUCAUUCCAUGAAUCUAAGGUAUGUUGUACAUACUGCCCAGAGUUGUCUUGCAAGUUAAGGCUUCCCUUUACUAUAAGACUAUAAAUAAUAAAGAAAAAAAACACACUUAUUUUAUCCUU